CCGACUCGUUAUUAUGGUUGUUAUUCAUCCAAUUUUUAAGUAUCGUACGUGGUAAGCUUUUGAAUUCGCAAAAUGUCUGGUCGUGGAAAGGGUGGUAAAGUAAAGGGAAAGAGCAAAACUCGUUCUAGCAGAGCUGGCUUGCAGUUUCCUGUUGGCAGAAUCCAUCGUCUUUUGAGAAAAGGUAACUAUGCCGAGAGAGUAGGAGCUGGUGCUCCGGUAUACCUAGCAGCUGUAUUAGAAUAUUUAGCUGCUGAAGUUUUGGAAUUGGCUGGAAAUGCUGCUAGAGAUAACAAGAAAACGAGAAUAAUUCCCCGACACUUGCAGUUGGCAGUGAGAAAUGACGAAGAAUUAAAUAAACUUCUUUCUGGCGUGACAAUUGCUCAAGGUGGUGUCCUUCCCAACAUUCAAGCUGUCUUGUUGCCCAAGAAGACUGAGAAGAGUUAAACAGUCUCACUCUUUUAACAAAGGCCCUUUUCAGGGCCAAAAUUUUUUAGUAAAGAGCUUGUCGAAUUGUAUUGUUUUAGAUGUAUUUCUAAAUUGUAUUAGUGGCAAUUUAAAUAGGGAAGUUAAGCAUUUGCAUGUCUUGUGUAUAUAUAUUGGAUGGAAUGUUCUGGUCAUUUUUGUUCAUGGCUAUUAAUUUAAGUUGUCACAUGACUGAAGUUUCUAACUAGACCUAAAUGUAUUAUAUAAUGCCGUUCCAAAUUUGUUUUGCUGUACAUUAUGCUUUUUAUACUGUGAUUUAUUAAAAUAUUUUAAACAGUAAGUUUUAAUUCAUAGUGUUAUAUAUAUUUAGCAAUAAUAAAAGCUACCAUUUUGAUACUGAAAUGAUUCAAUCUACCCAACAUCCUGAAAUAAAUUUUAUAGAAUUAACAGCAAGAUAAACAUUGCAUUUCCAUAUUUAUUCUGCAAAUUUGUUACAAUGAUUAAGUCAAGUGAAAAAUCAAUAAAUUGUUACCUUUGCAGCAAUAUUGUUGGCUGAACAUGACCUAGGUCAACUCUUGUGAUAUUCUUAACCAAAAUCAU